GUGUUGACAGUCUGUUAACCUGCCUGUACUGGGCUGGGCGCUGAGUGUCGAGCGAUAGACGAAGACGACUGGCACUGCAGUAUUCUCGCGACUGACGAGUGGCGAGGCUGUGUUUGUGUUACAGAAAUUCUGAGGGGUGAAAAGUAGGCCUACUUCCCAAUGCAAUAUGGCUUUGGCACCAGUUAUCUACAACAGGGAGAAAUGGAUUUCAGAAAAUGAAAAAUACUUUCUACCACCAGUAUGCAAUAAAAUGAUGCAUCAAGAUGGGCAAAUGAAAGUGUUCUUUGUUGGUGGUCCUAAUCAACGGAAGGAUUAUCACAUUGAAGAAGGAGAAGAGCUCUUCUACAUGGUGAAGGGCGACAUGUGUCUGAAGGUUAUUGAACAUGGAAAACACAGAGAUGUUCCUAUCAAGGAGGGAGAGAUAUUUUUACUUCCUGGGAGAGUUGCUCAUUCACCCCAGCGACAGGAGAACACUAUUGGUCUUGUCAUUGAGCGAGAAAGAGCAGAAUCAGAAAAAGAUGGCCUCAGGUACUUUCAAGAGAAGGAUGGAGUUCCUACUACAGAUUCUCUGUAUGAAGAGUGGUUCCAUUGUACUGAUUUGGGCACACAGUUGGCUCCAGUCAUAAAAAGGUACUUUGCUUCAGAGCAGUUCAAGACUGGGAAACCAAUUCCAGGUACUAUCCCAGAAAAUCCUCCUGUGGUACUAGAUGAUAAAAUUUCCCUUCAAAAUCCUUUCAAUUUUCAUUCUUGGAUUGAAAGGAACAGAUCGGAAAUCAAUCAAAAAGGCUUCAUUCAGCUGUUUGGAGAUACUUAUCAGUUUCAGGUGAGGGUGUACGGCCAAGGUGAAAAUACAGACCAGUGUGAGCAUGCUGAGACCUGGAUUUGGCAGAUUGAAGGAGAGUCAUCCGUCACUGUGGGAGAUGCUCUGUACACACUGAAAGAGAAUGAUACGAUGCUUAUAAGAGCUGGGCAAACGUACACUUCAAAGCGUUCAGAAAACAGCAUUGCCCUCAUUUGCUUCCAGGACCCAGCAAAGAAGAAAGCACAGUAAAGUUUUGAAAAAGUGUUUAGAGUUAACGUUGAUUUGUGCUUGUUGGAAGAAAUUAGAAAUCCAUAAUUCACAGAUCCUGGUGGAGAGAUGUUGUUUCGUCUGUUGUACCUGCUCUCAUGGCUUUUCUUUUGUCUUGCUUUUUCCUCUUCGUCCUCUUGCCUUUCUUUUCCUUGGCUAUCAUAUCAGUCUUCCUGCAAGUCUCUUCUUGCCGCCACCUCCCCUUUAUAUGUUUAUUCCGACUGCUAAAAUGCUGCAGAAGUUUCCGAAAACAGAUGAGUCUUAUUGAUUCAAAGUUGGUAGCUUUUUAUUGACAUUUAUAAUAUUGAAUAUUGAGAAUGAAAAAGAUCAUCUUAUUUAAUGCCAUGUGCGUUUAAAAAAAGUCAAAUUCACAAUUUUCAAAAUGGAAUGUAUAGUGUAAAAUGUUAGUAUUUUGCCUGAACCUUUUUUGUUAUUGAACCAAAUGAAAUGAAACUUUGCAGGUAGACACUACGACAUGUUAUAGAACUUUGUUGUAUGGAGGAUCUUUUUGAUUGAAUAAUCACCUUGAUUUUUUAAAUUGUAAAAUUCAAUAUUUAAAUAUCUAUAUUUGCCCCUAAAAUUUUUAUUUUUUUCUACAUGGUGCAUGCUCAUAAGCUUUCUUGACUACUCUUUUGUUUUUCUCUGACACUUUGCUAGUAUUUCGAAACUGAUUGUGAUUCUCAAGAAUUGUUUUAUGAUUUGUAAUUUGAUCAGUUUUAUUGAUGCUUUAACCCUGAUGAUGAAAGAUAUAUAUAUAUGUAUAAGAGUCUUUCACAAUCAAUAAUCCAGGUGUAUAAAAACUGUUUCGAGCUUGCACGCUCACUUUUGUCUUUGCUGAAACUGUAACUUGGAGUUUUUGGUUCAUUUUGCAAAUCGGCAGCUGUUUCCUUGAACUUCAUGAGAAUGAUCUGUGACGAUUGUUAUUGUUUUUAUAUGAGGGCAUUGAUUUCAAUACUUUUUCACUGCCUUUGAUACUGGUACGUUUUUUUGUCUUAAGAUAAACUAUUGCUGAAACAUAUGA